AUGAUAUCUAAGUUAUGGCGCGCUGCUGCUUCCAUACACCCAAAUGUGCUUGUAAUAAGAAAAGUUACCCCUCGAGUUUUUGGAGUCAGACGUAUGGAUCUAUUGCCUCCGAACCAGUAUAAGAUUCCAUUGCCAAGGAAACUGAAGCUGACCUACGCUAUGAGGGUUUACUGGGAGAUCAUACCGCUGGUGUUCACAUCGACGUUCAGUAUAACUUUAUUGUUUUUGGGUAUAGCUUGGUCCUUAACGAACAAGAUGGAUGUGGUCUACUCAACGCACAAUCGCGACAAUAUAUCCAGAACUAUGGACCUUCGGAAUCCUUCCGUCCACAAGGUCAUGCUCGUCAACCAGCGCUACGAGCCCUGGCCGGAAAUGCAGGACGUUCUGGACAAGAUGAAAAUGGCCGAGAAAAGAUCUCUAGCUAGGGCCCAAACUUGCAAUCAAUCCUAG